UUGUACUCUGAGCUAAAGCGAAACCAGACGCUACACCACAGGAUGCAUCUGUGCAGGGUUGGAAUUUACAUGAAGAGGAGGAAGCGGGGCUGCUCUCAAGCCUGAACGUUACAGUCCUCAUCCUUCUGGCCGCCACUCCCUCUGCCUCUUCAGAUUGGAGCUCAGCCCCUCUCCCCUUCUCAACAUGCUGUGUUGGGGGAACGCAAAGGAUGGACAGCUGGGUAUUGGGCUGGAGAGGAACCCCUUGUUUGAGCCAAAGAACUGUCACGUGUUCAUUGGCCGGGGCCUGAAGGAGGUCGCGUGUGGAGGACAAUACUCAAUGUUCCUGUUGUAUGAUGGCAGCGUGUACACAUCUGGCUCUAACAGCUGUGGACAGCUGGGCCACGACAAGCCAGGGACUUCCCCAGAGCUAGUUGGAGCUCUGGAUACUCAGAAGAUAACAAAUGUGUCGAGUGGUCGAGCCCAUUCUAUGGCGGUGAAUGAGAAGGGUCAGGUGUUCGCCUGGGGAGCUGGUGAAGGGGGUCAGCUCGGCCUGGGGACUGCAGAGGUGGCUGUUCGCAUCCCGAGGUUGGUCAAAAGACUGUGUGACCAUCACAUCUCCCAAGUAAUGUGUGGGAAUCAGCACUGUAUCGCACUUUCUCGAGAUGGCCAGCUCUUCACGUGGGGCCAGAACACCAGCGGUCAGCUCGGUCUGGGAAAAGGAGAAACCAGCAAACUGUUCCCUCAUCCCCUAAAGUCUCUGGCUGGAAUCCCUCUGGCUCAGAUCAUUGCUGGGGGAGACCACAGCUUCGCUCUCUCCUUGUCCGGAGCUGUGUUUGGCUGGGGCAAAAACAGAGCGGGACAACUGGGUCUCAAUGAUAAACAAGAUCGUGCCGUCCCCUGCCACAUCAAAUUUUUGAGAUCUCAAAAAGUUGUUUACAUCAGUUGUGGAGAUGAACAUACAGCAGCACUCACAAAGGACGGUGGCUUGUUUACGUUCGGCGAUGGCUCCUGGGGUCAGCUGGGUCACGGCUCCAGCAACAAUGAACUUUUACCCAGACGAGUGCUGGAGCUCAUGGGCACUGAGGUGUCCCAGAUCACCUGUGGCAGGCAACACACAUUGGCGUUUGUGCCGUCCUCUGGACUGGUGUAUGCAUUCGGUUGUAACAGCCAUGGGCAGCUUGGCACAGGAAUACUCGGGGAUGGUAGAAGUCCAUUUCCUGUGAAGACCAGUUUGUUGACUGGUCAUUUCCAUAGAGCAGGAUCAAGACACUACAUAGUGACCAAAAUCAUGUGUGGGGGAGACCAUAGUUUCUUAUUGUACUCCAAUGAACAGAGUGUCGUCCCCCCAGAAGACUUCAGGGUGAUCAACAUCAGUAAAAGCCUAACCGCAAUCAACUAUGAACGGUUAAAUUCAUGGAGGUUAAAACUGAUGUUCAACACAGAUUCCAGUGUCACCAACGACAUUAUUAUUCAACUCUCCUCCACGGCUUGUUGGAAUGCCAGCUUCCUGGACCAAAGUGAUGACAUCCACUUCAAAACCAACCCAAAGAUCCCGGGCAUCGAUCUCAACUCGGUCAGACUUCUGUUUGAGGCUCUCAGCCAACCGGCCUUCUCUGGGCUUCUGGAGCAGGCCACCAAGAGUUUUGAGAGUCUGCUGAUCCCUCAGCUGCCGCACUCUCCUCCAGACGUAGAGGCCAUGAGGAUCUACCUCAUCUUGUCGGAGUGUCCGGCGCUGCAGGACUCCAACAACUACAUCCGCCUCACUAUCCCCUUGGCAAUGGCCAUCCUCCGGCUGGACGCCAACCCCAGCAAAGUAUUGGACAACUGGUGGUGUUUUGUGGACGACAGCGUGUUCACCAGAAUGGUCGACAUGUACAAGAGCAUCGUGGUGUUCAUGCUGACGGGAGGAAAGACGCUGCUCGUGCCGAUGUUCUACGAGAACUACUUUCUCGCCUCACUACGGCUGCUGGAAAAACUCCACAAGGUGAACCUAAAGGCCCAGCAUGUGGAGUACAACCGCUUUUAUAUCCCCGACAUCACCAGCCUGGUGGACAUCCAGGAAGACUACCUCAAGUGGUUUCUGAGUAAAGCUGAGCUUAAAAUGGGAUCAUCCCCUUCGCAGAGUGACUUCCCCUCAGUGAACCUAUGUGCCUACCCGUUCAUCCUGAACGCCCAAGCCAAGACAACCAUGCUGCAAACAGAUGCUGAACUGCAGAUGCAGAUGGCAGUGAGCGGUGCAAACCUACACAACGUCUUCAUGCUGCUCACGCUGGAACCCCACCUCGCCCGGAAUCCUUACCUGGUGAUACACGUGCGCAGGAACCAUUUAGUUAGCGACACCCUGCGUGAGCUCACCAUGUACUCUGACGUGGACCUGAAGAAGCCACUUAAGGUGAUCUUCGAUGGAGAGGAGGCCGUGGACGCAGGCGGAGUAACCAAGGAGUUCUUCCUGCUGCUGUUAAAGGAGCUGAUGGAUCCUGUUUAUGGGAUGUUCACUUCCUACAAAGAGUCCAACCUGCUGUGGUUCUCAGACAAAUGUUUUGUAGAAGAGAACUGGUUUCAUCUGAUCGGGAUCAUCUGCGGUCUGGCCAUCUACAACUCCACUGUGGUGGACCUGCACUUCCCCCUGGUUCUCUACAAGAAGCUGCUGGACGUGUCGCCGCUGCUGGAGGACUUCAUGGAGCUCUCCCCGACCGAGGCCAGGAGUCUACAACAACUUCUAGACUAUGAGGGAGGUGAUGUGGAGGAGACGUUUCUUCUCAACUUUGCCAUCACCAGGGAGAACUACGGCAUGACGGAGGUGAAGGAGCUGAUCCCCGGAGGAGAGAGCGUCAACGUGGACAGAAACAACAGGAAGGAGUUCGUGGAGGCCUACCUGCGCUACGUGUUCUCGGACUCGGUGAGCGAGCAGUACUCCGCCUUCUCCUCAGGUUUCCUGAAAGUGUGUGGAGGCGAGAUCCUGGCGCUGUUCCAGCCGUCGGAGCUGAUGGCCAUGGUGGUCGGCAACAACAACUACAACUGGGAGGAAAUGGAGAAGAACGCUGCUUACAAAGGGGAAUACACAGCCACUCAUCCUACUGUCAGAUUGUUCUGGGAGGUUUUCCACGAGUUCCCUCUGGAGAAGAAGAAGCAGUUCUUGUUGUUUCUGACCGGCAGCGACCGCAUCCCCAUCCACGGCAUGGAGAGCCUGCGCAUCAUCAUCCAGUCCACCACGGCCGAGGAGCACUACCUGCCGGUGGCCCACACCUGCUACAACCUGCUGGACAUGCCCCGCUACCACACCAAAGAGAUCCUGUGCCGCCGGCUCACUCAGGCCGUGGAGCAGUACGAGGGCUUCAGCCUGGUCUGACCAGGAG